GAAAAUGCACACCCGUCGCUCCCAUCACCACCCCACCGGAGCGGCGAAAAUCACCCUGAUAUGGAACAGCUGACAAAAUUGCAAUCAACAAAAUCGCCGCCUACCGCCACCAGAUGAUUGUGUUGAUUUUGUUUGCUUUUGUAUAGAAAAAAAGUACGCAACAGUGAAACUCAAACGGGAGACAAUUAGCAAUAACAAAUUCGUUUUUACAGUAGAAUCCAAUUGAAAAGUGUCGUGUAAAAAGUACGUGUGUCAAUAAUGUUCGCUGACUAGCAGUUGUUUGUUUGUUUGUUUUGUAUUGUUCCGGCUGUGUACAACUCAGUUCAGUGUGAAGAUCGAGUUCAUUGAUGUAAGCGUAACAGCAGGUGACGGUCUGUUUUUAUUUCUCUUUAUCAUGGAAAAGGAAAGAUUUUCACUGCUGCUUCUUGAACCGGGUGAAAUUUACUUCGAAGAUUUCUCCGUGGAUCUGAUGCAACCGUACGAUGGACACGGUUCCUCGUCUUCGUCAUCGUCCCCGUCGCAAGCUUCCCUGAUUGGGCGGCUAAAAAUGUGCUCAAAGUCAGUGGUUUUCGAAGCUAAGGACAAUCUCAGACUGCCGCUAGUGAAAAUAGCCUACAAAGACUGCUUGCAGAUCCGCCGCUGGGAACCGACCAGUCUGGCCGCCUCGGACUGCAACGUACUGACGAUCGAGUGUAGCCAGUACACGGAAAUGCUCAACGACAAUGUGGUCCAACCGUACCGCUUUUGCCAGGAACGGCGCGUAUUUCUGUUCAGCUUUCAUUACGCCAAACUGGACGAUUACAUCCAGCAGCUGUGUCAGCUACAUCGGGCUUCGACCCUGCAUGCCUACGAGCAGAACAGUAUGAUCGCAACCAUCGUCUUCUCCCGCCACAACCGGGUGAAAUUCAAUCCUCUCUGGUUGGAGAAUCUGUACGAGAAAAUUAUCGUCGACUAUCAGGUGGAUGAGAUCAAUCCUCUGGUGGUGAAUCCCGGCCGGUUGCUGCUGACAAACGUGUUUGUCUACUUUCAGCCGUACAACAAUAUUCAAACGUACCCGGUGUUGAAAAUCCGCCUCAAAUCGAUUCAGAGCUUCAUCAAGCGACGCUUUCUGCUGCGCCACGUCGGUCUGGAAAUCAAGUGGUCCGCGUCCCAUCCGUCCGAGCGUCGCGAGCAGCUGCUGUACGUAUCCUUCCGUGGUCAGUCCGAACGGGAUGACUUUUACGCGAACGUUCUCGAGCAGGACGAUUUUUCCGUCGUCGAACAGAUCCCGGAAAGUAUCACGCUCAAGUGGCAAAAUGGGCUCAUCUCGAACUACGACUAUCUGCUGUAUCUGAACAGUUUGGCCGAUCGGACGUAUCAGGAUUUAACGCAGUAUCCGGUGUUUCCGUGGGUGAUUAGCGAUUACAGCUCGGAGCGGUUGAAUCUAAGCGAUCCCGCUGUCUAUCGGGAUCUCACGAAACCGAUUGGAGCAUUGAAUGAGGAAAGACUGCAACGACUGCUGGAGCGGUAUGAAGAGAUGGGUGACCCGAAGUUUCUGUACGGUUCGCACUAUUCCGCUCCUGGACUGGUUCUGUUCUAUUUGGUGAGGAAGUAUCCGAAGUUGAUGCUGUGUUUGCAGAACGGACGCUUCGAUCAUCCGGAUCGGAUGUUUAACAAAUUGGAGGAUGUGUACAUUAACUGCUUGAAUAACAUGGCCGAUUUCAAAGAAUUGGUGCCGGAGUUUUACGACACAGAAAGCGGAGGAGAUUUCUUACUGAACAAGAUGAAGAUCAAUUUCGGACAGCGCUUUGACGGGACUCCAGUUAAUCACGUGCAUCUGCCCAAGUGGUCCGAAGGCUCUCCGGAGAAGUUUGUGCGGCUGCUGAGAGACGCACUUGAGUCGGACGUUGUGUCCGCUAAUCUGCACCAUUGGAUUGACCUGAUUUUUGGGUACAAGCAAAGGGGUGAGGAAGCAGUUAAAGCGAAUAAUUUGUUUUACUACCUAUGCUACGAGGGCUCGGUGGAUUUGGACGAAAUCAAAGACCUGGCAAAACGGCAUGCACUGGAGGUUCAAAUAUCUGAGUUCGGUCAAAUUCCAAAGCAACUCUUCCGCACGCCCCACGUUCCAAAGCUGGUUAAAAUUGAAACCUCUCUGAACAAUGGCCAAAUCCUACCCGCCAGCGGCGGCGAGCUGCGAAUCGAGUUGGAUGCCCAGUAUCACUCCCACAAAGAUGAAAUCACCUCACUGCUGUUGGAUGAAACGAUGGGUAGUAUCUUUACGACAAGCAAGGAUGGUACCUUCAAGUGUUACAGUCUGACGGAGAGGCGACAGACUCGAAGCGUGCAGGUCAGCGAUAUGCCAUUAAGCGCCGCUCGGUUGACCAGUGAGAAGUUAAUCAUACUGGGAUGUUGGGACAAUAGCAUAAUAAUUUACAACCUCGAUUACGGACGGAUUUCACAGGUGAUAUCAGCCCAUGACGAUGCGGUUUCGUGCCUCUCUAGUGUGGAUGCGAGUGAAUUGUUAGUGUCCGGAAGCUGGGACUGUAGCGUAAAGAUAUGGAACAGUUUCCACAUCGAUGCGGUGAUCGGUUACCUCCCGUUGGAGGAUAAAAUCGUUUGUCUGGACACGUUUCAGUCGGGUAAUAGUCUGAAAGUGAUCGUUGGUUCUGCCAGCGGGGAGGUUUUCCUCUGGAAGCUGACACUGAAGCAUAACAACCGGAAGCAACCGAUCGAUAUCGAAACUCAGGAACACAAACUGGUUGUCCAGCACCGGGAGGGUGCUGUUUGUGUGGCACGCUUCAACCGGACGGGCUCGCUUAUCGUAAGCUGCGGGGAGGAUCGUAUGUUCAACAUUGUGGACAUCGAAACCGGGAUGGUGAUAUUCAAGCGGGAAAUGGUAUCCCCGGUAGGGACACUCUGUUGGACGAAAGAUGACAAGUAUCUACUGCUGGGUGAUCGCGGUGGGGUAUUGUACGUGUGGAAUAUGCUGGAUGGUGUGAUACAGAGGGAACUCGUGGUGCAUUCCGGUGGCGUUUAUUGUAUCGGAAGCACCCGUGAUGGUCAGAUUAUUACCAGUGGAAAAGAUGAUCGGGAUUAUUGUGUGAAAAUAUGGCGGUGCAAUCUGUGAGUAUAGUUUUUUUUUUUUUGU